AUGACAGAUAACAAUGAGAUUCCACCACCCGUGGUGAGGUUUGGCGACACUCUGAGAUCGGGAAUUGAGCACCCGGGGGAGUUCGCUUAUGCAAACGACAACGUCAAUAUUCCACCUCACUACAUUAGUUUGGUGAAUGAGGGGAAUCUAUUUCAUGGUAGGGAUGAUGAAGAUCCGAGGGCGUUGUUCCCAUUCUCGUUGAGGGAGAAGGCAAGAGAGUGGUAUGAUUCACUCCCGGGCUACAACAUAGCAACAUUCCAAGAGUUGAAGACAUUGUUCCUCUUGGAAUACAACUCUCCAAUGAAGAUUGAGAAAUUGAGAGAGGAGAUCACUUCAUUCCGACAGAAGUAUGACGAGUCCUUCGCGGAAGCAUGGAAAAGAUUCACGGAGUUGAUAAGGAAAUGCCCAAGUCACGGACUAGCUCCGGGGCACGACCUUUUGAAAUUCUACAAGGGACUCAACAGUGAAGGAACGGGACUGGUGACUGCAGGUUCGAAUGGGAACCUAGAUGAUUUAACUCACGAUGAGGUGAGAGCCUUGUUUCAAAGGUUGGCCAAUAAUCAAAGGAAUUGGCACAAUCCAAGGCGAGGAGCUGAUAGAGCAGGAGAUACGUUUGGUGCUACAAAGGAUGCGGAAAGAGUGACCGCAAUUGAGGCUCAACUGGCGGACAUUAGCACUCAAAUGUCGUCGAUGACAAAGGCAGUUAAAUCUCUUCAAUUGACUCCUCAACCCCAAGCUGUGACUGUGAUGAGAUGUGGGUUGUGCCAAGGCGGGCAUCAUACUGAUCAAUGCCCAAGUCUUCAAGGACCUCCCGUGGAGGAUGUGAAUUACAUUGGUAACAAUCGCCAAGGGUUCAAUCAAGGCAACCAAUACAACAAUCAGCAAAAUUGGAGGCCUCAGCAAACGAGUUGGAAUCAAGCUGGUCCUAGCAAUAACUCGGGUAAUCAAUGGAGGAACAACACUCAACCCCCGGGUUAUGAGAAGAAGCCAUCCGUCGAGGAUCAAUUGGGACAGAUUCUCUCUUUUAUGUCUAAGAGUCAAAAGGAGAACGAAAAUUUCAAGGACAAGACAGUGGAAAAGUUUGGGCAGAUGGAUGCUACUAUGAGGAAUCUCGAGACUCAAAUUGGACAGCUUGCCACGGCAUCACACACGAGGAUUCCUAACACCAUCCCAAGUAAUACUGUACCCAAUCCUAGAGGCAAUGAACAGUGUAAGGCAGUGGUCUUGAGAAGUGGUCGUGAGUUGGAUUCAACACCAUCAAUGGACGGUCAAGAACAGGCUGCAUCCGGCAGCAAGGAACAUGGUGAAGAAUCCGAUGCAAGUGGAAAGUUGUCAGCGAAAGAGAAACGAAAACAGAAAGUGGAAAUGGAACUACAAAGAAAGAUGACGAUUAGUCCGGCAUUAGACCCGAAAAGCAAGUUCAACUUCCCCGAUCACAUUCCUCCUCCACCAUAUCCACCGAAGAGGAAGAAGAGGGCUCCAAAAGAGAAAAGCUUUGAGUGGAUGAUGAACGUGAUUCGAAAAGUGAAUGUGGAUGUCUCAUUGGUGGACCUCUUCACUAAUUUCCCCAAGUUCUCCAAGUUUUUCAAGGAUAUGAUGGCAAAUAAGGAGAAAUUGCAAGACGAGGGGAUAGUGGCUUUGAGUAUGAAUUGCUCACAACUGAUUUCGGGAAUGAUGCCAAUGAAGAAGAGGGAUCCGGGAAGUUGUGUGAUUCCUUGUGAGAUAGGCAAUACAAUUUUCACCAAAUGUAUGUGGAUCAAGGAUCGGGGAUCUCGCUGA